AGGCGGAGGCGAGGCUGGCUGCGAAGCGUGCGGCCCGCGCGGAGGCCCGAGAGAUCCGAAUGAAGGAGCUGGAGCGACAGCAGAAGGAGAUCUAUCAGGUUCAAAAGGUAGGCUCUUUCUUCUUUGUUUUCUCAAUUGCAUGUGCUAGUUUUUUCCUUGCCAAGGGCCUGGUCACCUUUCAGAAAUAAUGCCCUUCGUUGAAAUAGAAGUUGUUACUGCUUCUUUUUUUACUGCUUUGUUGAUGAAUUGGUUUGAUCAAAAUGCCAAAGUUGCUACUUACACCCCCUUAAAAAGCCACCAUUAGACACACGUCUGUUCACAGAAGGCUUUCCUCGUCUCUGCUUUUCUCAAAUUAGAAAAUUACUUAUUUGAAAAAAAAAAAUUCCAAGGCAAAGUAAAAUCACAUUUCAGGAUGUGGGAAACCUUUGAAAUCAGCUGUUUAAGGAGAGAUUAUCCUUCCAUAUAAUUUUAUUAGAAAAAAAUUUAAAUAUCAAUGCAGAUUUCCGUACACUAAAAGAGUAUUAAAUAUUGAUUUAAAAAUCGGAGCCAAAAAGAAAAUGAUACAACAGUAAAAUCCAAGAGCUUAAAAUAUACCUGCCGUCCACCCCUAACAUUCAGGAUAGUAACGUGCCUCUCUGUUCCCUAGCCCUUCAUAGAACCAGCUGAAGGUUAGAGAUAAAUACACUAGCAGGCCAGGCGCAGAGAGUACAGUAGGAAGCAACCAGGUAAGGGGCUCCUGAUUCAGCGAUGAUGAUGGAGUGAUUGGGAAUUCAGAGUGUAUAUAUACUGGAGCCUUUCCUGUAAAUGUACCUAGUUUGUUACUUACGACAACCAUAAUAGCUGCUUUUCAUAAAUGUAUUUGGUCUAUAGAUGAAGAACGGUAUCUUUUAGAGCAGCUAAGAAAAUCAAAAUAAGAUGACUGUUUCAGAGGUUAGAACAAGCCCUUUUAAACACAGUCCAUUUAAAAAGUCCUCCCAUGGGGUCCUUUGCUAUGAUAUCAGACUGCCUUUGUGUCCUGCUCCCCACCCCCACUCUGCAUAACUAUUACCUGGUGGAAAGAAAGCAGGUGAGUAAUUGCAAUGGAUGUUGAAGCUAGAUCCAAACACACCUACAGAGUCUCCGUAGGAAUUUAACACCUAAAAGGCAAGGGGGAACCCUCACUGUAACAAAUUGCCCAGAACAGAGGAAUCCACCUGCUAAUUUCCACUCUGGUUCAUUCCUUUCUAGUUCUAGAUCACUUUUAUCUUCUCAGCAACACCAGGGACAGGGUGUUAGAACUUUGUCAGAAUGUUAAUUUGUACACAAAGUAAAACUGGAAAGGAGUUCAGGAAGUCCCCGCUCCAAAAGCGGAUGUACAUUUUUGUAAUAAAGACGUGCCAGGGGAGGGAAAGCUUUCCUUAUUACCAUUUGAGAAGAGGAAAAGGAGGCAGUAAACAUCUCUCAGCCCAUCUGGCUGUUGUGUGCGACAGUUUCUCUUCUCCUGAAUCAAAGCUAUUUCUGAAAGUCAAGCCCCUUUUGUAAGUGUGGCUGUUGCUUCCUGCGCAUGACUCACUGGCUAAUCAUAGUAGUUUACAUUUGAAACAUUGUACGCUUUCUGCACACUGCUGUGCUGGCCUGCUCACUGACAUCAGAACUGCUAGCUGGGGGCGCCUAGCUCUUUCUGGGGGUGUUCUCCCUCCGUGAAGUGACAUGGAAAUGUAGCCACAGUCAUAGAGCUACUUAUAAGGCCACCGUGAUCAUCGCAACAGACAGCAGUAGAUGGUGUGCUAUCGCUGAUACAGGCACAGAACUGGCAGAAGAAAAUAGGGAGACUGAUAAUACAAGCUUCUUUUGGAAUUUAGACAAUUUUUGUGAACCGAUGUAGGCUCCCCCCCUUUUUUAAAAAAAUACAUUUUUCCAUCUUGUAAUUAAGCCAGGAGAUGACGAGGUUAGGUGGCAUCUCAUUUCACGUGUGAGAAACACGGAAUUUGGCAGUGAGAGUGGAGCGAGCGUGAACGCACGAUAGCCUGACGCUGUUGCUCGGCUGGGAAACUGAGCUCGACACAUCAAAGUAAGGAAAGUGACUAACAGGAAGAGACCCGGCUCCUGUAGGUUUGAUAUUGCAGUUCUGCCCCCGGGCGGAAUGCUCGAGCCUGCUUCAACUCUCCCUCCAGCGGCUUCCUCUUCCAGACCGCCCCGUCUUGAGGAGAAAGGGCCAAGACCGUCGUCGCAGAGCCUUCUAUUGGAAGUCUGGCCACCCCUCAAGAUCCACUGAAACUAAGCCAAACUUAGCAGCGUGUUUCGGCGAUCGGAAAACAAUUUCAAAACCCGUCUUCUACUUUCAGCAUUGGAUUUUUUUUUUUUCCUUUUUCUGAUUAUAAGUUUUUCACGUACGAAGAGGAAAACCACGUGUUGUGUGGUAUGGGGGUUUGGUCAGGUAUUGCUCGCUUUUCCUGUUGGAAUGGAGGGAAAAGUGAGGAGAAAGGCAGAACCCCAUUAUCUGAGACUGUACGUGGGCUCCCACCUAUCUUUGGAAUUACUAUAUUUAGUAAUGGUAACAGCCAUUCUGAGUCCGCUCUCCUAAUUUUAACUUGACCCGCUGUGGCUGAGACAAGCAAGCUAAACCCUGCAGACAUUGGCUAAAGAAAAUGCCGAACAUAUAAGCUGCUCAUGUAAAUUUUUUUUUUUUUUUCCUGCACCAAGCCCUCUUAGCUAAGUCAUCUUUCCAUCAGUGACGUGCUAUAAAGACAUCCAAAGAACGUAAAUUCUCCUGGGCCUAAAUUUAGCGUGGACACCAGAUAGCUGGAGGCCUAGGGGUCAGCACACAUUCUCUCCCCCCUCCCCCACACCGAGGAAGCUUUUCUCAUUCUGCCGUGGCAACAGCAUGAGUUCUUUUGCUCUGCAGGCUCCAACAGCCUUCCCCGAGGGCUGCUGGGCUGAGUUUCAGUUCCCGGUCCAGAGUGCCUCGCCCUGGCCCUGUUGGCUUGCCUGGGAGGGGUGGGGCGAGGAGGGCGAGGGGUCUCAACACAGGCUCACGCACUGUGCAGAACGCUCGGGAGCGCUCCCCCUGCGGAGCCGCGACCUUGGUCUCUGCUGCUUUGCCCCAGCAUGUUACCCUCAGCGUGUGGCUUGGGCAGCGGUUUGGAAAUGCAUGUCAGAGCAGUUUCUUGUGUGGUUACCGUUUCACUUCUCGCCUAAUUUUCUUUCCCUUCUGUCCAUAGAAAUAUUAUGGGCUGGACACAAAAUGGGGUGACAUCGAACAGUGGAUGGAAGACAGUGAGCGUUAUUCACGUAGAUCCAGAAGAAACACAUCGGCUUCCGACGAAGACGAGCGCAUGUCAGUGGGUAGUCGUGGAAGUCUGAGGCCACAGCCUGACCUGGAUUAUGGGGGUCCUUACGCCUGGACAAAUGGUUAUGACGGAGAAUCAUAUGGAUCCCAGUCCCUGAAUAGACGAUCUGGCAGGAAUUCCAGCUACAGCAGCAGCGGUGAGGGCAGAUUCUCUACUUUGUCAUCAGCCAGAGAGGAGACGUUGGGACUCUCCCGCUCGGACCUCGGGCUUCCCAGGGGCGGCCUUGCUCUCCUGUCUACCCAGAGCGGAAACCAGCCCUCCUAUCUGUACAGUGCUGCCCAGCCUCCUGCAAGUUACCGGGCAUCUGUGUUCGAUGACAUCGGUCCCGGCGGGACACGGCGGGGUAGUGCCUGCGGUUCCUAUGCUCCUUCGGAGCGCGGCGGCCACCUCAACUCCAGCUCCCGAGCCUCCUCCAGAGCCAGCUCGGCGCGGGCCAGCCCAGUGGUUGAAGAGAGACCAGACAAAGAUUUCACUGAGAAGGGGUCUCGGAGCCUGCCCGGCCUGUCGGCAGCCACGCUGGCCUCCCUGGGCGGGACUUCCUCCCGGAGGGGAAGCGGGGACACGUCCAUCUCCAUCGACACAGAGGCAUCCAUUAGGGAGAUCAAGGAACUGAAUGAGUUGAAGGACCAGAUUCAGGACGUAGAAGGCAAAUACAUGCAGGGGUUGAAAGAGCUGAAGGACUCGCUGGCGGAAGUUGAGGAGAAAUACAAAAAGGCUAUGGUUUCCAACGCUCAGCUUGACAAUGAAAAGACGAACUUCAUGUACCAGGUUGACACAUUAAAGGACAUGUUGCUGGAGCUCGAAGAACAGCUGGCUGAGUCCAGGCGGCAGUACGAAGAGAAGAACAAAGAGUUCGAGAGGGAGAAGCACGCGCACAGCGUCCUGCAGUUCCAGUUUGCGGAAGUUAAGGAGGCCCUGAAGCAACGAGAAGACAUGCUGGAGGAAAUCCGACAGCUACAGCAGAAGCAGGCGAGUUAUAUCAGGGACAUUUCUGACCUUCAGGAGACAAUAGAGUGGAAAGACAAGAAGAUAGGGGCUUUAGAGAGGCAGAAAGAGUUCUUUGAUUCCAUAAGGAGUGACCGAGAUGAUCUUAGAGAAGAAGUAGUCAUGCUGAAAGAGGAAUUGAAGAAACACGGAAUAGUCCUCAAUUCAGAGAUCACUACCAAUGGAGAGACUUCCGACACCCUAAAUAACGUUGGACACCGAGGUCCUACCAAGAUAACAAAAGAAGAGUUAAAUGCUCUCAAGACGAUGGGGGACGGGACGCUAGGAAGAGCCAGUGAAGUGGAGGUGAAAAGCGAAAUUGUGGAGAAUGUGGGGGAAAAAGGAAUGUUGCAGAAUACUGAGCAAGAACAGCACACAGAGGACCCAGCACGGGAGCGUGCGGACACAGAGGUGUUCCAUGCUGGUGGAAAUGCCGAGGACCAGAAAGCCUCUGAAGACAGGGCCCCCUCGCUGGGAGUCUUAGCAGAUGGUCCAGAUGAGGAACGCGUUCCAAACCAGAGUCUAGAGAAUGCUUCCUUUCUUGAAAACACGGAACAGGUUGAGUCCACACCAGACGACAGGACUGGGGCUUCCCUUGAGCGGUCCGACUGCUUGGGUGAAUUAGAUGGUGAAAUCCCAGGUCCUGUGGCUGAGCAGGACGGUUACAAUGCCUUGGAUAUCAACAACCAAAGUAAAGAAUCUGCAGAAACACAGGAAGAUUUGAAAAUCUUGGGAGAGGGUAGCACAGAGCCAUGUCAAGAAUCUGCAUCUCCACAAACACCUGAAAUUGGAGAGCUGGGCAGUGUAGACACGAGGGAGCGAGGCGGGAGCCCCACAGAGGGUGUGGUGGAGGCAGGGCCAGGGGGGCUCGGGGAGCAGGUGGGCACAGUAGCCUCCAGACCUCCGAGGUAUAACAGUGACACCGUGAGUGAUGAUGAAAAGUAUGCGGUAGAUGUCCCCACCGAGUUGGACCCGAGCUCAGGGCAUGACCUAGAGAAAGAGCCCGCCACGCAGGAAGUUGCUGAGCCCAGGGAGCUCCCAGUUCAGAGCACAGCGGUAGGUGAGGAGAGUGAUGAAAAGGAGGACCAGGAAAGGGGGCCGAGGGAUGAGAAACCAAUCCAGACGGAAGUGCGGAACGUCCCUUGUUGUCCAGCAGCCGAAAGCAGUCCUCGGGGAGCAACGGAUCUAGGUGUGGCAGGCACAGAAAGCGAGCCCCCAGAUCCGAAAGAGCCCGAGGAAGAAAAGAAUGACCAACAGGGAGAGGCAUUGGAUUCAUCCCAGAAGAAGACGAAGAACAAGAAGAAGAAAAACAAGAAGAAAAAACCACUGGCGCCUAUAGAGACCCUGAAAGAUGUUAAGAAAGAGUUAACAUUUCAGAACCCAGAUUUAAGUGAAGUUAAGGAAGAAGAGCAGGUAAAAUUUACUGACGAAAAACCAGUUGUAGAAGCACAAGAUGAGGUCACUGAAAGCCCAGAAAAGGAAAGUGUAGCAGGAAGCAGUGAAAAUGUUGAUGGUCCAGAAAAUCCUAAAAUUGAGUCGGAUGAAAAACUUAACCAAGAAGAUGAGGGCGUAAACACUAAAGCAGGGAAAGAAGCAGCCGAUGGCGACACAUGGGGGUCGGGAGGUGACGCGGCCCAGUCAUCAGGCGCGAUGAAGGAGCCAGAUGAAGCCGUUCUAAAAGAUGGCGCCGAACAAGAUGGCGCCACCCACAGCAUUCCAGAACCAGGGAGUGCAGAAACGUCCGGCGACACCCUGCUGGAGAAUGAAAGCCCCCUCGAGGACAUCGACGGUGCGUCUCACACAGGAAGCACAGAGCCGCAGGAGAUGACGGAAUGUGCCAGUCAGGUAGUCCGGAAGGUUGUAGAGGAUGAGGAUGACCUAGCACCCGCAGGAGAGCUGGGAGCCUCCGAUUCAGAAAGCAAAGACCAGCCGAGAGGCGGAAGCGAGAAGGGCAGAAGCAAAGAGGACUGCACCCUGUCGUAAGUGGAGUGGAGGCUGGCUGUAGAGGGGCCAAGGACUGCACAGUAGGUCCAGCUGUCAGAGGCUCAUCUGCUCUUAACACUGGCGAGGCUCCUAAAACGGCCCCCGUUGAUUCAGACGCACCACGUGACAGUCAACCACCGAGCUGUCUACCACGUUGAGUUAUAGACUGUUACUUGGGGAUGGAUACUUCCUCGCUAAGCCUGUCACCCCGAUUAGAAAGAAAGACACGCUUGUAAUCAGUAUGCGUUCCAACUGAGAGCACUCCAGUAGUGUCUCUCCUAACACUUCGUAUUUCUGCUUAAAUUCCACCUAAAGCUAUUUAGCACUUGCCUUAGGCUGAUACUCUUGACCAAAUCUGUCGGCAUACAGUUGACCAAAUGGCAUUCGGAGACUUCCAUAUUGUAAGUACAGUGAUAUUUAAAUUGAUUUGUCGCAUUCAAACGUGUGCUUUCAUACUUGAUUUUGAUGUGUACGUUAUAACCUAUGAGGUAUUUUAUUUUAAAAGGAAAUAAACGGCCAAAUAGCGUAUAGGUCACGGAGUGAUAAGAUUUGCACCUUAGGACAGUAAUGCAUCAUGUUAGGGAUAAGAAAGCACUGGGAGAUCUCCCUUCCCUUUACCGCGUUCAAAUAUUUUAUCUCAAACCAAUAACCUUUUGAUCUCAUUGUUAAUGAUACCUGAAUUUGUUUUAUAGAUUUUGACCUCACUCUGUGCUGAUCAUGUACCAAAGCCAAUUUUAUACAAAUAUUUUUUUUUAAUUUGUUUCUGGAAGAGACGUACAUUGAAAUUGUAUUUCCUAAUGCGGUAUUGGGGGGGGGGGGGACCAUUUCUAAAAUUGUUUAGGUUUUCUUAACCUUAAAAUUACUUCUCUUUCUAUUUGUCUAAGUGUUACUCAAUCCAAAACGGGACCAUUUUUGUGCAAACUGCUCAUUGGACUGUAACAGGAUAUUUUAAAUAGAGAAUCACUUUUGGUGUUUUGGUAUAAAUAUUUUCCUUUGCUGUUUCUCAGUAUAUUCUUAUUGGAAAAUUCUUGAUUUGAUCUUCCUGAAGGAAAUCUAUCUUUUCUAUACAAGGAAGCCUUUUAAAAAGUAAUUGUAAAGUUAAAUAAAAAAUAUUGUGAAAUGUUAAAAUUACAAAGGACUGUACAUGAUGAAUGCUGUUGACACUUUAUGAGAUUAUAUGAAUUCAUGUCACUGUUACAAGAUAUAAUUGAAUGCAAAAAAAAGACCAGAACCUCAAUAAAAUUUGAGGCAAGUGUGUUAUUAUGUAACUGAAAUAAAAAAAACCCAACAUUUUAUAAUUUGACAAGCCUGUGACUCCAGUCUUUGGCCUACUUGAAUUCUGACUGCCUAAAUAUGGUCUUAAAAGUAGUACCUACUUCUGGACUGCUGAUUCCCAGUCGGCCUUGGGUGAAGGACUCAUGCUUGAUGCUCUUUGUCAGUAAUGAAUCAACUUCUCUCCGGGCCCCUAGGCCAGGGCCAGUGUUGGACCUUCCUGGGGAGAAUUGAGAAGAUCUUCCCUCAUAGACUCCCCUGUGAUCUGUGAGUCUGGUGAGGAACCCCAUUCUGUUAAGAAAGCUCUCCAUUCUGUUACUGUGUUGACCCAUCCCAACACUUAGAAUGUUUUGAAGAAUAUGGUGGAAAUAAACAUUGACUCUUCCUGUGUAAGUAUCCUGAAGUCGGGGACUGAUAAGCCCUCUCCACCUGUGCCAGCUACGUGGACAAAUACAAGGCUUGCCAGAGACUCAAGUCCAAGGGCUGCAAAGAACUUGAAAGGGGGUCGGCGGCUGCCUGUAACUUCAGCAAAGCCGCAUCCACCCUGGAAUGCACAUUUGCGAGCAGUUCCCAUUCCUACUUCCAAAGGCCCCUGGGGAGGUGAUUCGACAACCAAACUCACUAAAUGGUGACAUCAUCCAACCAUUUUAAGGGCUUUCUUGCCUCUGUUACUCAACAGCAUAUGUAAGGGCACUGUGGCAUGCUUCAUACCCCUCAGGCCAGCUGUCCAGGGGUCGAUCAUCCACUCACUCAUUUAAGUAAUGGACUUUUUGAUCACUUCAUAUCCGGAAGGCACUGUGCCCGUAGACAGGCAAAUACGACCCAGCUCCUAGUGGACGGGGACAGCUGAGAAUCAGCAAGUGAGCAAAGAAAGAAGAAAGGGAUUCUGAACAGCCAACCCAUUUCUUGAUAAUCUAAGAGCCUUCAGUGUGAACAUCAGUGACCCUGCUCCAAGGGGGAAAUGACAUUGUGGCACAGCGAUUGAUGUCCACAGGAAGGCCCUUAAAAUUACCAAGAAAUCGUUACUGUAGGUAUAUUCAGGUCAGGAAUGCACAGAGGCAUAUGAGGCAUUUUGGAAAGAUUCCGAGUCAAAAGAUUGACUCAGAAAAGAAUGGAAAGUCUACCUGUCAGCCCCAUCCCCAGAGCAACCCAGGCCCCUGAGAUUUCAGUAUGAUCCAGAACAAAGCGGUGAUCACUGAUCCCUUAAAUCAAAAAACGAGAAUAUUUACCAGCCCCAAAGCAGAACAUACCACUGUAUAUAAAAUGGAACUCUUCCUUCAAAAGCAUAAUUAAGUGUAAUUAUGAGUAUAUACAGAAAACAGGGAAAGGUAACAGAAUUUUGAAUUAUGGGCUAUUACGAUAGAGCCUGAGAAUCAAUAAAUUUUUUUUCAAGAGUUUUUAGGAAUGAGAUGUAUUGCCCUGAGUUUUGGUGAGCAGAAAACCUGAACAUUUACGUUUCCACGGUCACGGGGACCCUGGAGUGUUGGUUCCGGGAGUUCACACAGAUAGACUCCUCUCCUAGGAGACCACCUUGUACAGCACGCCAUCGAAACAAGGAACACCUCAGUGAGAUUCGUUCCAAAUGUCCAGGCUCCGGAAGGAGAGGAAGGGGUGUUUGUGCCUGUGUUAUGUUAGACUAUAUGCUUAUUCAGUGUGAUGAUUGUAUAUAGUGAAAACUGUGUCUUUCAGGAGCAAGGCUUUCACUCACUCUUUCCUUUUCAUUCUAUCCACUGUGCCUUUUACAGCAAGGCUUACAUUUUUUUCAAGAUGUGAAUGACCUCAGUGGUGCUGAUGUACACAGUUCCCCUCUGUACAGACCUCUCAGGCCUAUAAACACAGGGAAAGACCUUUCCCUGUUCUGCCUUUUGCCAAAAGGAGAGGCUCUCUUGGAGGGGCCAGGGGGAGGCUGGCCCCAGGGACGAUGAAAACUGUCCACGUGGGUUAUAGUCCCAACUAAGUCAGUGCGAGGCAGGAGUGGAUUCUUGAGAGACCUCAGCCUCCUGCUCACUCUCUUUGCAAAUGCAGAGGGGAGGUGGCUUGUCCUCUGCUGUGGGGAGAGGAGGCCUGAGGCCCACAACGGCUGAAAUUAAUCCCCACAAGGGAAAUUAUGCUCCCGGUCGUGUAUUAUUAUCCCCCCUGCCACCCCGUCUUCGUUUGCUCUCUGAAAAUGGAAUCGGAGCCCGCUCUCUUGAGUCGUGGGCCAGAUCCAGGCAAAGCAGCACAGAGGAGGAGGGCUCGGGGACAGUGGUGGCUGCUGGUGGUUGACAAGGCUGUACCUGGACAGAUGGGGUGAUGAUGUGCAGGCCAGAAGAAUGACCAAGGAGAACAGGGGUUCAGAGACUUCGGGAGCGCUCUGCACUGGCUGCCCCCUGUCCCGAGACCUUGUCACUCUGAGUGUUUCUCAUUUCACGGGUCUCUUAACUUGUGUACCGGAAAGUUUAUUGGAGUUUAAUACAGAAAAACCCAGCUUUUUAAAAAAAUUGAGACCUUUUAAUAGCCAACUCAUUUUGACUUCUCCGUUUAAGAGAAAAGUCUGAAGUUGAAACACCGUGACUUCGUUUUCUUUGACGCCUGGUUUCUAAAAGCUGCAAUUGUGGUCUUGAAAUGAAUGGUUUACGUCUAUUUGUAACUGAGUAUUAUGGGCCAACGAUGAGCGGUGACACUUGGUAAAUACAGGGUAAAGGUGGGUGUGCGGUACUCUGGUUAAGGAUUCCGGUAAGCAUACCGACGAUGCCCCACCGUGCAAUCAACAAACCAGGCUUGGUUUUUAAACCUGCAAAAAAACCCUGUAGAACGGCAAAAAGCUGUUUCGUCUUCUUCAUACCAAAUUAAUUUGCUCCUUUCUCUCUUCCGUUCUCUUCGAACAAUUUAGUUUUUAAACUUCCUCUCCAAUUCUGCUUCCAAACUUUUCUUCCUUGAAAGUUUACUUCCCUGUUUCCAUAUUCUCGCCAUAAGAGUGAAGGUCACGUUACCCUUAUUUUUUGUUGGCUGGUGCUAUUGUUACAUCUUAACCUUGGUUUUGUACUUGCUACCCAGGAUAUUUGGAGUCUUCUAAUAGAAAGAAAUAUCGUAAUAAAAGCGCACAAUACGUAGGUGAGCUUUAAGAUCAUUUUCAAGUAUAUUCAGUGCCACUUACGAUGCCUACGGUUUUUGUAUAUAGACUAUAAGAUAAAAAGUAAUAUUGAACGAAGAGCUGAGUUUGUAUUUCAUUUCAGCAUUGGGUGGGCUUGCGGAAGAGAAAGCAUAAGAUAUCAGAAGCAAUUUGAUUAUGCACGUUAAAAUGGAAUCCAGAAGAUCAUAAAUUGAUGGUUGACAUUUCUGGUUUUAGUUCUUUUGUAAUUGAAAAUAACAACUUGGGGUAUUGGGAAAAACAACUUAGAGAAAGCGUGUAACUUGGGGAACCAUGUGAGAUAGGUGAUUUUUUUUUUU